AUCUAAUGCAUUCUAGACACUGUGCCUUAAUUUAAUUUUUCUCAGAUAUUUUUUUUCCUUUUUAAACUUUUAAGCCUAGGUUUCAGUACUCUUCAAAUAUCAUUUCUUUUUCCCUUCACUUUCAUUUCUAGACAGAAAUGGAAGAGCAAGCAGCUCCGGACCCUAACACUAGUAAUCCCGGCCAAGGUUCUGACAGAAGCGAGCCGGUCCGGUCCCGGUGGACGCCCAAGCCAGAGCAAAUCCUCAUCCUAGAGUCCAUCUUCAACAGCGGAAUGGUCAAUCCGCCGAAAGACGAGACAGUCAGAAUAAGAAAGCUGCUUGAGAAAUUCGGUACCGUAGGCGACGCCAACGUCUUCUACUGGUUCCAAAACCGCCGCUCGAGAUCCCGCCGCCGCCAACGCCAGCUGCAGGCUAGUCUCGCUGGAGAACAGAGGAAUAAUGUUAGUAACAACAACUUUCAAGCGCAAACUGGCGGUGCAAUUCAGUAUGACAACAAUACUGCCGCUGCCAUUGCAUAUGCAGCGGCGGCCACCGCUGCUUCACCUUCGUUUCCUUCCUCUCACGCUUCCUAUUUCGUUGGUUCUUCUUCUUCCUGUGGAGGUAUCAGCGAAGAUGGAGUCGGGAAUUUUUUUGCAGAUCAAAUGGGGUUUCAAGAAAUCGAUCAGAGCUCGUCGAUUUUCUGCCCUUCAGAAUCUUCAAAUUUGCACUACCAAUCUGGGUUCAUUACAGUUUUUAUUAAUGGAGUGGCAACUGAAGUUCCCAGAGGACCACUGGACAUAAGAGCAAUGUUUGGACAAGAUGCAAUUUUGGUCCAUUCCUCAGGUGUUCCGGUGCCAAUGAAUGAAUUUGGGUAUGUAAUGCAGAGCUUACAACAUGGGGAAAGCUAUUUCCUGGUUGCAAGACCAACAUAAACAGGAAAUAAAGCUGCAAAAUGUACUGGGAGAUAUUCCUCUAUAGACCAGCAAGUGGUGUGGAGAUAGUGCAAACAAUAUAAGCAAGACAAAAUCUUUUACUAGUUGUAUUUUAAGUUUGCUUCAUUUUUGUUCCCUAAUUCCCCUCUUAAUUUUGUUA